CAGGCUGCAGCUGUGGUCGCGCUUCGAUCUCAUGGCUCAAGGCAACGUGGAAAGCUCAACCAUACACCUCGACGCAGCUUGUCCAGCCCAUACCUCUUGUAAUCCAACCCGGCCAAAUUGCCGCCCGUCUCGUCCCGUUCACCACCUCAACCGUUAACGGUCACCGGCCGGCGGCCACCACACGCUUCCAUGGAUCCCGGCUCUGCCACCGCCCCGUCGUCGUUGGCCACCACGUGGCGCCGCUCGGUGAGGCGUCGCUCGCUGGGUGAGGCCAGAGUGCAGGAGGCGGCGGCGGAGGCGCCGGGCCGGAGGGUGGAGGAGCUGGAGGAGGCGGUGGGGCGGCUGCGGGCGGAGAAGGAGGCCGCAGAGCGCGCCGUGGCGGCGCUGCGCGCCGAGCUGGACGCGGAGCGCGGGGCCGCGGAGACCGCGGCGAGCGAGGCGAUGCUGAUGAUCGCGCGGCUGCAGAGCGACAAGGCCGCGGCGCUGAUCGAGGCCCGCGAGUUCCGCCGCCUCGCCGAGGGCCGCGCCGGCCGCGACCGCGAGCUGCAGGACGAGCUCGCGGCGGUCUCCGCGCUCGCCGAGUUGUACGCCGCCCUCCUCCGAGCCCAUGGCAUAGACCCCGACGACGACGAGGAGAGUGCCGUCGAACUCGUCGUUGCAGAGGCGGGCGGGGUGAGCCACGGCGGCAACACGGAGGCCAAGGGCCCGGUGGUUGAGGAGCCGUCGCCCUUGCCGCCUCCGCCUCCGGCCGCGCAGGAGUUCGAGUACACGGUAGACGUGCCGUGCUCAGCCGCUGCGGCGCUGGUGGGGAAGGAGCGUGCCGUCGAUGCCGCAGGGUGUCUCAGCCUGUACGCGAGGGUCGAUGCGCUGGAGGCGCACAGCGCAGUGGUGCGGCGGGAGUUUGCGGCGCUGCGGGCGGAGCGGGCGCAGGUGGCACUGGCGAGGGAGGUGGUGCGGCAGCUGUGCUGGUGCCGGGAGGGAGCUGCGGCGAGGGCCGUCGUCGUGGCGGCGGAGAGGCCGCGCUUCUCUGUGCUCGCCAUUUGCAAGUGGUUCUUCUCCACAAUGUUAUGGGGAAAGACAGGCUCUACAUCUGCAGCCAGCUCGUCGACGACGUUCCUCCUCGGACAGCAUCUUCUCCUGGAGCGAUCCAAGGGUGAUCACCGGAUGCAGAGCCAGAGCAUACGGCCAUGGUGUUCCCCGUUGUGAUGACUGUUCCGGCUCGCAUUUCCGGUUUCGACUCGUAAGUUGUGGCCUCUGUAGACCGUUUGGAAGGCAGGAAUUUCAUAGUAUACAGUUCAGGUUCUUAUAAGAAUCUGAAAGAAUUUCCGUGUUCUGAACAGGGCCUUAAGCCUAAUGUGUAUGUACGCAGUUCAAAUUACGUAGAACUCUUGUAAAUAGAGGGUCAAUUCAAACAUCCUGCAAUGCAAGCCUAA